AUGGCUUCUAGUACAACCCACAUCCACGAUCUUCUCGACGACGUCCUCCUUAGAAUCCUAUGGCCGUCCAAACAGUCGCGCCGCUCUUGCCGAUCCGACAGCGAUAAACUAUGGAAGUCUGUGACGCCCAGGCCGAAGUUCCUCUACGCGCACGCGCUUCCAGACGAGCGCUGGUGCGCGCUAAGAGACACUCCGUUACCGAUUCCUGCUAGCUCCGCAGAUGCCGCUCACGGCCUGUUCAUCGCGUCGGUCUGCCGCCGCUGGCGGCGUCUCGCGCAGAGGCACGUGUCGUCGCUUGUCGUCAAGGCAGGUCGCGUCGUGUCGCACCGCGAUGCGAUCAACGCCGUCGCUUGCUUUCCGAAUCUGACGCAUCUGCACCUGGAGGAUGGUAGCGUUGAAACUCUCGACGACGCGUUUCUGGCUGACCUCGCCGCGUCGUGCCCUGGGUUGAGAGCUCUUUACGUGGGGAAGCUGACGAUUGAACCGGGCGAGGGACUUUACGAAAGGGAUGACUACAGGAUAACGGAAUCUGGCUUGGAUAACCUUUUCCGUCUCUGCCCUCAACUGGAGCAGCUGUCGCUGCAUUGCCUUCAAGAAAACCUGAACCCGCCAGCUUCUUUCUUUCAGCUGCAACAUCUUCGCACACUCUUCUUAACCACUGCGUUCAUCUUAAAAUCUCCAGAUCUCAGCUCCCUUUCAACCCUCACUGACGUCUCCAUUGAAACCUCCUCUUCCUCCCUUCACUACGACCAGCUUUCAAACCUCCUUCAACUCACCAGCCUCACCCGCCUCUCCCUGCCUGAUGGAAUCCGCGUGGCCUCAGCAGAUCCGCCUACCUUCUCAUUCGCCGAGCUGCCUUUUCUCGAGUCGCUCAAAUUCGGGCUGUUCAGAGCACCCUUCAGCGUCUUCUUUCCUCUCGAAACGCCGCCGUACAGGCUGCUGAAACGGCUGCAGCUGAGCGAUUGCUCUCCUCACGAGCGCCUUCCAGACAGUAUCGGACAGCUGCUGCCGCGCCUCCAACAGCUCAUCCUCCUUCACUGCAGAAGUCUCACGGAUCUGACCGACGACUUCACCUCCCUCACCUGCCUGGAGAGCCUCACCAUUUCCACAUGCAGCGUGUUUUUUCUGCCCGCAAACUUUGGGAAUCUCCCCGCCUUGAAAGCCCUGGUGCUGCGCAGACUACCGCUCCUCCACCUCCCUGCGUCCUUCACCAGACUCGCAUCUCUGGAGACGUUUUUCCUCAUAGAAUGUGAGGGGAUGGAGGAGCUACCUGCAGGGUUCGGAUGCCUCACAACACUCCGGACGCUCAGCCUGGCUUGGUCACCCACCCUGGACCUUCCGGAAGACUUGGGUAACCUCUCCAGCCUCCAAACCUUCUACCUGAACAAGAACAGCCAAGCGCAGCUGCCGCUCUCAUUCACGCAGCUGGUUUCAUUGACCAGGCUGGAGCUGGAUCAGUGCGCAAUUGCUGAUCUUCCAGAGGGUAUGGCAGAGAUGACAAACCUGCAGGAGCUGUACAUUCAGAACUGCCCGGCUUUGAACGAGCUUCCGGAGUUGGUAUCCGCGCUGGUCAGCCUUGAAGUGCUGCGGAUUGAGGAGUGUCACGUUCUCUCCUCGGUUCCCAGGAGGCUGGACAGCCUAACCCGGCUCACGCAGUUAGAGCUAAGGGAGUGCUGGAUGCUGAACCAAGCCCCGGAGGCUCUGCCUCUCAGCCUCCAGGUUCUGUCCUACGAGAACAACCAGCAAGGGGGGUCGCUGCCAGACGUUUCAGCGCUCACAGCUCUAAAGGAACUGUGCCUGGGCACUGUGGGUGCAGCCUGUGUUGAGACCAUCUGUGCGCGACUUUCUGGUGUGACGCACCUGCAGCUAGUGCUGGCUGAAGAGGCAGGGGAGGCUCUGCCCGCGUUGACAAGGCUGCCUUGCCUACGCACCCUGACACUCAAGGAGAUCCGCAGUGUGAACGAUCUGGUGGGAUCCGACGGCUGGGGAUUGCUGGAGCUAUGGCAGCUCAACCUCAUCACCUGGCGAGAGGAAUUCACAGAGCUGCCUGCGGCCAUCACCGCUCUCCACCACCUCACAUCCGUCCAGAUCCUCGCGCCGAAGCUGUCCUCCCUUCCGGACGCCAUUGGGUCAUUCCCAAGACUGCGCAAGUUCAACUUAUCUCACUGCUCAACCCUCACGCGUCUCCCUGCUUCUCUCACACAGCUAUCCUGCCUGUGUACGGGCCCGGUGCUUGUUUGA